CCUAUCUAUAUAUCAUCUAAAACAACGCCAAUAAGAUGGAAUAAUGAAGAAGAAGAAGAGUGAUUUUUCACUAGGCAUCGGCUUCUUGUUCAUGACCUUUGUCUUUCCUUAUUGAUUUUCUUCAAACUUUAUUGCUUUUUCCUUUGUACUUCUAUCUUUAAUGGCCGUUCAAGCUCAAUACCCUUCCAAUGUCAUCUUCCACAACAGAGGUGGACAAGAGGGGAAUGAAUUUUCAUUGCAGCAGCAAGCAGGAGGAGCUUUUCUGGAUCAAUCUCAUAUGUUCUUCAACAAUGGAAGCAACAACAACAGCAAUAGUAAUAUCAAUCCGAGGAAAAGAGGAAGGGAAGUUACAGCGGCGGCGGCAAUAACAACAACGCCGAUCAAUUCGUUUUCUUUACAAAUGCAAGCGCCGCAGAUGAUAGAGGUUUCCCAGCUCCACCAACUGAAUCCCCUCUCCACCGGCCUCCGAUUAUCUUUCAGCGACCAACAGCAGAGUCAGAGUCCAAAUUUUAAACAACAGCAACAACAAAAUCUUGUUUCCAGCUCCUCUGCUUUUUUGUCCAUGGCAUCCGAUGAUUUGGGUACUCAAAUCAAACGCCAGAGAGAAGAAUUGGACCAAUUUCUUCAAGCCCAGGCAAAAGAAUUACGCCGUACGUUGUCGGAGAAAAGGAAUAGGCACUUCCAUUCUCUGCUGGUGGCGGCGGAGGAAUCGGUAGCUAAGAGGUUAAGAGAGAAAGAGGAGAAGGUGGAGAAAGUAACGCGUCGGAAUGCCGAGCUGGAAGCACGCGCAGCGCAAUUAAGCGUAAAGGCGCAGGUUUGGCAAGCAAAAGCCAGGGCACAGGAGGCGACAGCGGCUUCGUUACAAGCGCAGCUCCAGCAAGCUAUGGUAGGCGGUGGGGCUGCUGUGACACAGGACAGCAUGAGAGCGGAAGAUGGGCUAAAUGGCGCCGGAGGAGUGCAAGGGCAGGCGGAGGACGCCGAGUCGGCUUACGUGGACCCCGAACGGCUGGCAGCUUCGGGACCGUCUUGCAAGGCGUGUUGGGCACUCGCCGCCUCGGUAGUGUUGCUGCCUUGUCGGCAUCUUUGCCUUUGUACAGAGUGUGAUCGAGUGGCGCAAGCUUGCCCUGUUUGCCUCGCCGUUCGGAAUUCUAGCGUUGAGGUUUUUUCCCUUAAAAAAAAACCUUAAUAAUAAAUUUUUACA